AUGCCGGUUCCAUCACCGGUUUAUACCGGUCCUAAACCUCUACCCUCCUCUAAUUGUUCGAACCAGCUUUUAGCUGGUUACAUGGCGCAUGAGUUCUUGACGAGAGGUACGUUGUUGGGUCAAAAAUUCGACCCGGCUCGAUCAGAGGCUGUUCCGGUAAUCGGCUCACUGGCUGGACCGAGAAAACCGGUUGUUAAGCUGGAAACUGAACCGAGGAAUCUUAAGAAAGAGAGCCAAAGCUAUGCUGACGUGGCGAGAAUUUUGAAGGACGAUGGGACCCACAUUCCGGGAAUCGUUAACCCUACUCAACUUUCAAGGUGGAUCAAGAUGUGA